CGCCUUCUCUCUCCUGCUGCGCACCGAUCCUUGAUUGACGCGUGUAAUGCCAAGUGAGACACAUAUACAGCAAAGGUAAAAAAAAAUUAACGAAAAAGAAGUGAACGACAGUUUUUUUUGUUUGUUCUAGAGGUUGGAAAGCGACAACUUGCCUCGGUCUGAAGUAAGGACUAUGGAUGCCGAGUGUAGGUGUUUUACUACUUUAGAGGCUCAGAAGAAAAUUGACUAAACGUCUAAGUCGAACUUUGUGUAACCUUAGAGACAACAUUACAUGAAAAAAACAUGGAUCUCUAUGGACGAAAUGAGACAUUUACAUCCCCUGAGUGCGUCGGAUCGCAGACUGAUGCGGUGCAGAACGGAGCCGGUAAUGGGAGCGAGACAUCAAACAUCUCCUGCGGCAACGUUUCCACACGGUCCAUACCUCUGCUUGUGAGGCACAAAGAUGACGACCACACACUACGGAUCCUUCUCUACUCACUCAUCUUCUUUCUGAGCGUGUUUGGCAACUUGCUAAUCAUAGUGGUGCUGACGGUCAAUAAGCGCAUGCGCACUGUGACCAACACCUUCCUGCUGUCGCUUGCUGUCAGUGACCUGAUGAUGGCUGUCUUCUGCAUGCCCUUCACACUCAUCCCCAGCAUCCUCAAGGACUUCAUCUUUGGAGCUGCCAUGUGCAAGAUUGUGUCCUACUUCAUGGGAAUAUCAGUAAGCAUCUCCACAUUUAGCCUGGUUGCCAUAGCGAUUGAGCGCUACAGUGCCAUCUGUAAUCCUCUGAAGUCGCGGGUGUGGCAGACCCGUUCCCAUGCCUAUCGAGUGAUUGCUGCUACAUGGGUGCUAGCCUUUGUCAUCAUGAUCCCCUAUCCAAUCAUCAGUCACUUGGAGCCUUUUCAGCGGCCUGACAACACCACUGCUCACCAGUGCCGCCACAUGUGGCCCCUCGCAACAGCCGAGCAGGCCUGGUACAUUCUGCUUCUGCUUGUGCUGUUUGCAAUCCCAGGGUUGGUGAUGAUUGCAGCCUAUGGACUAAUCUCCAGGGAACUUUAUAGAGGCAUCCAGUUUGAGAUGGACCACAAAAAAGGCUCUACUGAUGUGAAGAAUGGACUGAACUCCACUGUGUCUACUGGCACUGAUGAUGGCGAUGGUUGCUAUGUUAAUGUUGUCCAGCAGCCAAACUCAAUGGAGAUGAGCAACGUGGCUGCAUCCAGCAGGGCAGUCAAGACGGAAAGACCACGCAGCAACACAUCUGAAGCCAAGCUAGAGGCCAAGAAGCGAGUCAUCCGCAUGCUAGUGGUCAUUGUUGUCCUGUUCUUUCUCUGCUGGAUGCCACUGUAUUGUGUCAAUACGUGGCGGGCUUUUGAUGACCUCUCUGCCAUACACGCCCUCUCAGGGGCACCCAUCGCUUUCAUUCAUUUGUUGUGCUACUCCUCUGCCUGUGUCAACCCGAUUAUUUACUGCUUCAUGAACACACGUUUUCGCAAAGCUCUACUAGCCACGUUCUCGUGCUGUGCUGCACCUUGCCAGCCUCACCGCCGUCGUGGGCUACAGGACAACAAAGAGGAUGUAAUGGCAACAGGAGCGUCCAUGUCCAAGUUCAGUUACACUACAGUCAGCACCAUGGGAACCUGCUAAGACAGAUGGAUGCAGGCACAAUCCGGAAGAGACAGUUACUACGGCAACACAGCACCCCACAACCUUUGUUUUCGGGCCAAUUCUAUACUUAUAGUAACAGUGAUUUGGAGUGGAAAAAAACAGGCCAUGUGUUGUAGCAGAAAAGAAGCUUCACCCUGUGCGUAAAGUUAUGUAGAGAUCAUUUAAUGAAUCACACAGUCUUAUUAACAUUAUUGAAAAAAGCAUUAAAAAAACAUGUACAGUAUCGCUUGUCACAGUGGACCAAGACAUAUUGUUUGCUCUGAUGUUUAAGGCGAGGCAAGUGUGUGUGUGUGUGUGUGUAUGUGUGUGUGUGUGUGUGUGUAGUGGUGGGCUGUAUGAUAUGUGAGGGAUGAAUUCAAAAAAUUUAGUAAGCAUUAUGUAGCUAUAAAAAUAGGAAGACCGUAAUGUGUUAAUCUGUGUUAAUGAUGCUAAUUGCAAUUGCCUUGUGGACUAAGUGCCUGGUUCUACAUACUAUGAUAUAUUUGUCAACUGUUAAUUUGUCUCGUUCAUAACAGGCACCAUAAACACAGACUAAUUGUAAACUGAAGUGUUGUGAAAAGGGGAGUUUAAAGACUCAAAAAAAAAAAAAAUCCUCAGAAGAUAGGAAUUUCCUCCGGAUGGGACCUGAUAAACGAGUGGAUUGUCAGUUUUACAUGGCUCCGCGGUUCACAAAAAACACAUAAGUGGUAUAAACAGUUUAGAUGGGAAGUGGUGAUGCCUUGGUUUGUGGUUGUAAACUGUAAUGCUAGCUGCCUUUGUGUUUUUGAACUUUUAGAGACGGAAUUGUCUGUAUAUUGUAAACAUUGUUCGCUGCAAUGUUUCUUUGUAUUUUGUCCUUGCAGGUGAACACAGUAGCAAAUGUGAGAAGGGUGACUUGACAUGUUUCUUUCUAAUAUUAGGGCUCUAGUUUGAGGGCAUUACAAAACUGACAGAUAACUAUCCAUUACUUUGUGGAGAACAUCUGGAUAGGAUUCUAGGUUAUUUAAGAGACUAUUUAACAAUUCCUACAUUAUUAUAUUUCUGAUGUUAGAACCCAAAAGAAACUCUAUACUACACUUGAAAUGAAAUGAAAUGAAAACACCAGGAGUAUACAAAUAGUAAAUGCUAGUAAUAUGUUUUAUGUGUUACAAUAUAUGUACUGUAUGGCAGCAUGAAAGGGUGAUGUCCACUGCAGCCUUACAGUGAAGGAGAUAAACCAAGGAUCCAGUAACUAUACACAUACGUUCAGUGAUUGUUAAGUGACUUGCAGUCCCUGUUGAGCUCACCUGCAGGCUACAACAUGGCAGCCAGGUUUCAGAGGUCUCUGCUUGUCAGGCCCUGUCGAGCGUGCCCGAGUCUGGCUCCCCCGAUCCCCUUGUACUAAUUGUGUUACAACCUCAACCCUGCCAGGUUGAACGACUGAGCAUAUUUCACUGAGUGCACCAAAGCACAAUGCUGUCAGCCUCUCACAUAAUAGAUAGAUGAAGUUUGGCCUGCCUUUGUGAGCAUUUUUUGGAAGAAGAAGAAAGCUAGCAGUUUUUCAUGUGCACCGUUCCCUUUGUGUUUAAAAUAUAAAUGUAGUGAAGCAUUUCAGUGAGACUGAACUACUGAAAGAAAGAGAAUAUUUCUCUACACUGACUGAGACAACCUUACCUUCACAUGUGUCCAGUCAAUGUCAAGAAGAGGUCAAAUUGACUGCUAAUACAUUACCUUGACCUUCCCCUUGUCUCACUGUACAUACUCAGGCCCCAUGAACUUUGAAACACAAGAGGCACACAUUCAUCAAACUGAUGACAUUCGUCUAUGGUCUUGAUGUCCCUGUGCUGAUUACCACACGGGCAUCAGGCCUCUGUAUACAUGGUUUUGAUAUUACAUAUGUGCAAACAAUGAAGUGAAAGUGAUAUCAUAGUAGAUAAAGCGUGUUCUCAAAUGAAAAUGCCCAUCUGAU